UUCCUGCGUUUGAAGACCCAGCACUGCUGUUGCUGGAGUCAGCAUAGGAAAAACGAGAUUCUUUGAACAAGAGAGCGAAUCCAGAAGCACGAAUUGAGGUCUACCAAACGCGUUUGGAGCAGAGAAGCCCCCAACCAAAGCAAGACGUGAGUUUUCUUCUUCUCUCUCUCUCUCUCUCUCUCUCUCUCUCUCUCUCUUCCACGGUGGUUCUAAAUCUUGUUUUCUUUGCAUCUGGAUUCGUUCCAUCUGGGUUUUCUUUCUUUCUCUCGAUUUCCAUCUGGGCUUCUAUCCUUUACCUGAUCUUGUUUUUCUACCAUUUUCCAUCUCGGUUCUCUCUCUCUUGAUUUCCAUCUGGGCUUCUUUCCUUUCCCUGUUCUUGUUUUUCUACCAUUUUCUUCCUCAUUUUCAAUCUGGGUUUUCUUCUUUUCUCGCGAUUUUCAUCUCUUUUCCUUCUUUUCUUAUCUGGGUUUUCUCUCUUCCAAUUCGGAUUUUGUUUCUCUCUCUGAUUUCCCUUCUUUUCUCUCUGUUUUCCAUCUGGGUCUUCUUCGAUUCAAUGUCUUCUCUCCUUCUUUGCUCUUUCAGAUUUCUAUGUUUCUUUUUUUUAUGAUUGUCUCCAAUUGGCACCCGCCCAAAUGCCGAAAAUCCUUGAAUAGGAGAAACUGUAGCUGGGUCUUCUGGAUUAUUUGAGUUGCGACAGACUCAGUAUUUGGAGACAGCUCCUGUUUUGAAAAUCUGGUAAAGGAUUCUGAAGAAUGAGGUGUCUCUUCAACUUCAAGGAGAAACUCAAGACGAGGGAGCAAAAAUCCGCUCCGGAGUUGAAGAAAGGAAGGAAAUUGGAUAAUUCGCCAGUGGGACGGGCAACAAAAUCUUCUAGUUUGACAGCCACAAGUUCAUCCUCGCCUCGUGGUAUUCCUGAUUUGUAUGAGGAGAAGGCGCAGAACUUGCGUGUUUUCACGUUCUCGGAGCUCAGGAAUGCUACCAACAAUUUCAGCCGGCUCCUUAAGAUUGGGGAAGGCGGGUUUGGGAGUGUAUAUAAAGGCUUUGUCAAGCCUCACGAUGGCGGUAGUGAGCAGAUCGUGGUCGCCAUUAAAAAGCUCAACAAGGACGGAUUGCAGGGUCAUAAGCAGUGGGUGGCAGAGGUUCAAUUCCUUGGUGUCCUUGAGCACCCGAAUCUUGUAAAACUUAUUGGUUACUGCGCAGUAGAUGGUGAAAGAGGGAUCCAAAGGCUGUUAGUUUACGAGUUUCUAUCGAACAAGACGCUGGAAGAUCAUCUAUUCAAUCGAGCAUUGCCUGUUCUUCCGUGGAAGUUGAGAUUAGAGAUUGUCUUGGGUGCUGCUCAAGGACUGGCAUAUCUGCAUGAUGGAUUGGAAGUUCAGGUCAUAUAUAGAGAUUUCAAAGCGUCGAAUGUGCUGUUGGAUGAAGAGUUUAAGCCAAAGCUGUCAGACUUUGGGUUAGCAAGGGAGGGGCCAUCAGAUGGGCACACCCACGUGUCCACAGCGGUGGUGGGGACUUAUGGGUAUGCGGCCCCGGACUAUAUCGAGACGGGCCAUCUCACAAUCAAAAGUGAUGUAUGGAGUUUUGGUGUAGUCCUGUACGAGAUCCUCACGGGCAGACGAUCACUGGAGAGAAAUCGCCCACGAAUCGAACAGAAGCUUUUGGAUUGGGUGAAGCAAUUCCCCGCGGACAGUAGGAAGUUCAGCAUGAUAAUGGAUCCAAGGCUUGGCAAUCAGUACUCCCUAAGAGCUGCCCGUGGAAUUGCGAAGCUGGCAGACAGCUGCCUGUCCAAGUACUCCAAAGACCGUCCGACGAUGAGCGAGGUGGUCGAGAGUUUGAAGCAAGCAAUUGAAGUUUCAGAAGCUGGGGUCCCUCCAGAGACAACGGAGUCGUCCUCAGCAACAGACUCGGAGACUGAUAAGAAGCCUGAUGAGGUGGACGGCUCUGAAUACUCGAGAAGGCGGAUGGCCCACCUAGCUAAACUGAGGGAGAAUGCGAAUGCCGUUGGUAGGAGGCGGUUUAUGAUCAUGCAGAGUGCCAAAGAAUCUUAGUGGGGGUGGUUUAAACUGGCGGAGCUUGGGUUGCCGCUGCGCCUGAAUUUUGAACUGGUGGGUGGGCCAGUUGGGCUGGGCUGGGCCCAUUCAAAUCUUAAUUUUACUUGUCCUGGCCCACCCCAUUUACAAUCCUAGCUGUUAUUAUUAUUAUUAUUAUUUUUUUUCUUCCGCUGAUAUGGUGUGUUUGAGCUCUCCAAGGUGUUUGAUGAUUGGAAUGGGAUCCAAGAGAUGUGUGGGCCCUCAUCGGAUCCGUCCACGUCCCAAAAUUCUGGAAUUUCAGCUCUUUUUCUUUUUCCAUUAUUUCUGGCCUGUUGUGUAUAAAUUGUUGUAUUCUACAUGUGAAGGGAUGAGUAGUUGAUACGAAACGACGGUUCGUUCCAGCUCAA